GGCGAAUAUUGAAGCGCACGAGCAUGACAUCAAUCCGCAGGCGUUACGCCAAGCCACUGGCACCUGCCAUCCCUGCAGCGGAUUAGAGCCGCAGGGCAGGAGCACCCCUCGGCCACUACCUCAGCCCUACACUCGUCUACGUCUCUACUAGAGCGACUGCAGUUGUGUGAUGCGCCAUGACAGUCGCACAUAUCAUACCAGUCUGCAUCCUUAGCCGCCACUCUCUCUUGCAACAACGUCGUCAUCGAUGAUAUGAGCAUGUCAGACGGGACUGAGCACCCUCGCGAUGCUCCGUACAAUGCCACCAACCAGACCUCAUCGGCUGCUGCAGCGGCUGGACCAUCGACACGGUCAUCACGUGCCUCGAACCGCUCACGUAGAAAAGAUGUGAUCGACGUGCAAGACACCAGCCGCGUCUUGGAAUGCUCACAGACAGAAAGACAGCGCCGCUUCCAAAGUCUUGUCCGACACUACCUAUCCCAGAUUCUACAUGGCUGUAAGAGUGCCUACUGCGAUACCCCCACAUGCCUCUCAUCCGGCAAGCGCAUCGCUUCCAAACCACACCGUCCGCCUACACUGCUUACGGCCACGGCCCUAGCCCAUUACCUUGCCGGUCAAGACAAUCCAAAUCGCGGCCUAUGCCCCCACGAGCUCAAGGUCGCGCCUGAGUCGUUCGAGAUUACGGAUAGCCUUGCACAACAUGCUAGAAACGACUCUGCCGAGGACUACGUUGUCUAUCCUUCGGUCUGGCAACUGGCACAACAGCGCAGGCAACGUCGUGCGGGAAAUAGCUCUGGCAGUGGAGCUGCUGGUCAACAACAAGAGCUGGACAGCGACUUGAUCAAUGCCCUCAAGCAACGGCAGCAAGCUAGAAAGGACCCAAAGGCUCUUAGUCAGAACUUGUACGACAGCUUGACUAUGAUAUACUCUUAUACUACGCAAAUACCCACACCUGCUUCCGUCCUUGCUUCACUUCGCAAAUCCGAGCAUGCUCCUGCACAUGACGCUCGUCCUGCUCGAACCUCCGCUACACUGGCUUCCCAACCCGAUGGGCGUCGUGCGGAUCCAAGUACCACGCCAACACUUGGUACAAACGGCUUGAACACAUCACAAUUGAAUGAAAACUCGCGUAUCGUUCGUCAGCAUUCACAACUGUCAGCCGGCUCUCGUGACAGUUCACAGCCAGACAACGCUGGCGCCGAGGUCCUGGCUAACGGGCACCACGUCCACAGGAUACCAUACCAUCCCUCGAACGGCACGACUCAAAGACAUCCUUUUUCAGCAGCACAUCCUACUGCCGUAGAUAGUGCAUCAGAUUCAGCAAUGCUAUCAAUCGCGAAAACAGGAAAGAAAAGCUUUACCAUCGGUGGGGCAUACCCGGGUGCUGCACAUCGCACGAAGCCAUCAGCAGCAGCAACUGAACUACCUACGAAGAACACCCCUGGUGAGGAACAUUCAUCAUCCGGUGUACCCGCUGUCCCAACAUUGAAUUGCAGUAUCCUCGAUGAGCUCAAAGAGGACGUCCAUCGCCGUGGAAAGAGCCGUUCUACAGACUUCAAUUACGUUGUGGACUUCGAUCGUCGGCGACGUACGCGACGUACAAAACCCCUCGUCAACCGGUCUCUGUUCUAUACUCUGAGCGAUCCAGAAAAGCUGCUUGCGUCUUUCCGCGAUACCAAUCAAGACUUCAAAGACUCACCCCUACCUCAUCUUGACUCAGCACGCUUGGCAAACUCCUUUCGAGACUGGAACCACCGCAACGGUGCGCUCAUAUUCGAUAGCCUAUGGCUCGUACUGGAAGUCCUGUUCGUUUCCCCACCUGAACUCGUUAUUCAGAAGAGUCCUCGUCUGAGGCCAUCGAGAAAGGGCGCUUCGUACGACGGCCCAUCCGACCAGACUUCCGGUCGUCAUCAGAGCGCCUCGCGCUAUCUCGAUACCCAUGAAGCCGCUCAUAUCGUCAUGAUAUGCAUACAUGCACUCACUUCACUAGUACCGCUUGGAUGGCCACACACAUGGGCGCAAAUACGGAAACUCCGAUCUUGGGGUGUCAUCGUGCCGACUGCUACUCCUCAUACCGAUGCCUUUGCGCAUCCCUACAUGGACAUCAUUGACGAGUUGGAGUACGAACCGGCGGUGCGUCUUGCCGAUCGUUUACUUCGAGCUAUCGGAACGCGGACUUGUUUCGAACAUAUACUCGCCAGUUUGGACGUUGCAGAAACGGAUCGGGAUGAGUCAGAACAAGGUAAAUCUGCUGUUGGACUUGUAGAUUUGGUUAUACAACAUCUGGAAGUAGUGGAGCGCGCCGGUAUGGCGACCAAGAUACGGCUGAACUCGAGCCAUGAUCUCGAUGGAGACCCAGGGUGGACUGUGACAGCUACUUUUAUGGAGUGGCUAAGGACUGUCAUCGUCAAGAAAUGGGAUAGCAAGGCUGAAAUCAACAAGUGGAGCAGCGUUGGUACAGCCGUGAUGGUCUUUGACAAACUUCACUCCAAGCGGCAAGCUCUACACUUACAUUCCAACAUGUUUGAGAUGCCAAUACUCGAUGAGCGCAUUGACACGGUAAACGAGCCUGUCAACUAUCUCACUUGGGAGCGUCACCCCAACACUCUACACGUCUUCGAGUACCCAUGCCUGUUUUCCGCACAACAUCUCGUAGCUUACUUUCGCACGAUCAACUUCACCGAGAUGAUGAAGCAGUACGACCAUACUAUGCGCACCCACCAAAUGCAGAAGUCGCUGGAGAUGUUCCUUAAAGAACCGUAUUGGUGGAUCCUUAAGAGGAAACUGAAGACUACCCUGAGUGACUACUUAGUGUUGGAUGUCAGUCGCGAAGAACCUUUGAAAGAUACACUAGAUCAGCUGUGGGGUCAAGACAAGAGAAUGCUGCUGAAGCCGCUAAAGGUCAAAAUGGGUCACAAGGAAGGAGAGGUCGGCCUGGAUCACGGCGGCGUGACGUACGAGUUUUUCCGUGUCGUUCUGAGUGAAGCAUUUAGGCCUGAGAAUGGUAUGUUCACAAUCGAUCCACAGACGCACAUGACGUGGUUCCAACCUGGCAGCUUCGAACCUCCCUGGAAGUUUCAAAUGCUCGGUAUACUAUUCAGUCUUGCGGUCUACAACGGCAUUACCCUACCCAUUACCUUUCCCCUCGCCUUCUACGAGUACCUCCAAACUAUCGGCAACCCGCGCGUCGAAGGUCCAGCUGACUACGACCCCGUGGAUUACAUCAACGACGGCUGGCCCGGUCUAGCAGAAAGUUUCCGCACUCUCUUGUCCUGGAGCGACGGCGAUGUAAAAGACGUCUUUAUGCGCGAGUACGUUUUCAGCUAUGAGGCGUUUGGCCAGCCGAUCGAUCAAAACCUAGGUGAUAAAUUCCCGGCACUCACUACAUCAAACACGCCGAUCGAAGAGCCUGGUCUAGUCACGAACGAGAACCGCGUACAAUACGUGAAGGACUACGUCCGCGCCUUGACAUACAGUUCCAUCGCGCCAGGCCUCAUUCCUUUCCUGCACGGUUUCCUCACCUGCAUCAACCCAAAGAGUCUCCAACUCUUCACCCCAUCCACCCUCCGCAACCUCAUCGAAGGCACCCAGCACAUUUCUAUCCCCGACCUAAAACGCUGCGCAAAAUACGAAGACGGAUAUACGACUACGCAUUCCAAUAUCCGCGCUUUCUGGGACGUAGUCGCGUAUUACAGUCAAGCAGACCUACGCCAUCUUCUCGAGUUUGUAACUGCGUCUGAUCGCGUCCCUGUUACGGGCUACGAGAGUAUUACUUUUCACAUUGUCAAGAUUGCGGGGGCACCGGACAGUUUGCCGAGUAGUAGCACGUGUUUUGGGAAGUUGUAUUUGCCGGAUUAUGGGGAUAGGGGAGUACUGGAGAGGAAGUUGGGGUUGGCGAUUCGGAAUUCGAAAGGGUUUGGGAAUGUGUAGGUAUUUGUAUCAACCGGAAGAGGCGGUGGCACAGCAGUAGUUAGCAAUGCAAGGUACACACACCAGCAAGGUAAAACCGUUUUGUGACGGUCUCGCAAUGGAGCAGAAUAUUGGGCCUAGGCAUACAUAGUACCCAGGUAGUUCAAACAGAAACAGAAACAGAAACAGAUAUUCGGUGCCUCAACCACAGAGCACAAGUCUCGGGAAUCUAGACUGUGUACCGUACCCACAUCACAUCGGGUCCAGAGCCAAAACGUGUUUACAUCUGUCAUGUCACCCAACUUUUUUCCCCGGCU